AUGAAGGGUUACAGCGAGACAACAAUGAAGCAUAACGAGACGGCCAUGAAAAGUUACAACGAGACAGUGAAGGUUUACAACAAGACGACAACGAAGGGUUACAACGGGACGGCUAUGAACAACGAAACUUGUGAUCUUUUUUCAGGUAAAUGGGUUUACGAUAAUUCGACAAAUCCUUUGUAUUCUUGGAAGCAGUGCUCAUUCUUGAUUGAUGAGUUUGCUUGUGAGAAGUUUGGAAGAAAGGAUUUAAGCUAUCAGAAUUGGAGAUGGCAACCCAACCAGUGUGACUUACCAAGGUUCAAUGCCAGAGCAUUACUGGAGAGAUUGAGAGGGAAAAGAAUGGUCUUUGUUGGAGAUUCACUAAACAGAAAUCAAUGGGUUUCCAUGGUUUGUCUGGUGGAAUCUGUAAUCCCAUCAGCAUUCAAGUCUGUGAACAUCACCGGUUCUUUCAGAAUCUUUAAUGCCAUUGAAUAUAAUGCAACCAUUGAAUUUUACUGGGCGCCCUUAAUGGUUGAAUCAAAUUCGGAUAAUCCGGUGUACCACCGAGUACCACAUCGAAUAGUCAGAGCUGGGGCUAUUGAAAAACAUGCGAUUCACUGGACUGAUGCUGAUAUACUUGUCUUUGAUUCCUACCUUUGGUGGAAAGUACCAAAACUAGAAGUCUUAUGGGAAUCCUUUGAAAAAUCUACUGAAGGAAUCUACAAAGAUUUAGGAAUGGUGGGCAAUUUUGAAGUGGCUCUAAAAGCAUGGUCCGACUGGCUUGAAAAUCGUAUCAACCGUACAAGGACACAAUUGUUUUUCAACAGCAUGUCACCAACACAUGAUAGGGCAGCUGAAUGGGGAAUGAGAAAAGAAGGAAACUGUUACAGCGAAACAGAACCGAUAUUACAAGAACAUUACUGGGGUAAACGAACAAAUCCAGACAUUAUGAAGGCCGUGGAGAGUGCAGUCAAUAAAUUGAAAGUUAAAGGUGUUGAUGUGAAAAUAAUGAAUAUUACACAACUAUCAGAAUACAGAAAAGAAGCCCAUCCUUCUAUGUAUAAAAGAAUAUGGGAUACAUUAACUCCAGAACAAAUAUCAAACCCUGCUAGUUAUUCUGAUUGUAUGCAUUGGUGCCUUCCUGGGGUCCCUGAUACUUGGAAUGAGCUCCUUUAUGCUUACUUACUGCCCUAGUGAAUAAUUCUAGAACAUACGUUGUAAAUUUGAGAUACUUUUGAUCUAAUAAGAAGCAAAGAACAAAAUUAGAAGUUCUGAAACCUAUGCC